AUGGCAGCACCUCCACCUCCUCGUUCUCCUAGACAUUUUGGUGUUCCAGUGGAAGUCACAGAGAUGGAGACCCACUUCCCGAUUCAUCCUCAUCCUGAAGGAUUGGACUAUGUCCUAGUUCAGUUGACCAUCGGGAACAGAUGCCUUGAGACUCUACAAACAUUCGGGAAGGGGAUAGCCGAUCACAAGGAUCUGUCAGUAGUGGAUGCAAAGGACCCAAAGCUUGAGAGCAAGCCUGAGCCACCUGUGUACUCAGUAGCGAGAUCCAAUUGGAGCAUGCCGGAAGAAGGGGAGAUAGUCGAGCAAGAGGAGGGACAGGAGGACAAUCAGGAGUGGGAAUGGCCAGAGGCAGAACCUGUAGCAGAGGAAGCUGAGGACGAGCCAGAGGUGAAUUUUGAAGAAGAAGAGCUUGAGGACAAAUUGGAAGAAGAAGAGGAGCUAGAAGAAAAUGAGCUUAGUGAAGAGGAGUCAGAGGAGGAUGACCUUGAGGAGGAUCCUGAGUACGACCCGGAUGGGAACGGAUGA